AAACCUACAAGCAUGGAUCGAUUCGAUUCGUGGCUUCUCUGGACGAUCCUCGGAGGCCAACAAUUUCUGGAACAGUUGUUUAUCUUAAUCUCGCGUAAUAGAGGUAUUGGGAUCAUCCGGAAAGAGGACAGGUUCAAAGAACAACUCCCACACGCUUUACCAAUGAAACUUGGGUACAAGGGAAGCGUUCGGUCCCGUCUCUGUUAACCAAUAACUCUUCUAAAUGCCUUUUCAGCCUCUCCAUGCGUUGCUUAUUUCUUCCUCAACCUCGAUCCGAACACUUUUAAUAGACUGCAACAGCACAGAGAAGAAGAAGGAGGAGGUGCAGAGAGAUGGAGGAGAAAUAUUUGGACAUGGUGAUGGUUCCGCUGGGUCUCCUGCUUCAGGCCACCUACCACAUAUGGCUCUUCUUCACCAUAGUCCGACAUCCCAGUCGCACUGUCAUCGGCGUGAACGCCCAGGUCAAGCACCGGUGGCUCAGAGCCAUGAUGACUGACCCGCUCGGGAACGGCACCCUGGCGGUGCAAACGCUGAGGAACGACAUCAUGGCGUCCACCGCGCUGGCCACCACCGCCGUCACCCUCGCCUCCCUCAUCAGCGUCUUCGUCAGCGCCACCACUAGCACCGCCACCUCUUCCCUCGUCUACGGCAAUAAGUCCUCCGUGGUGCGCUCCAUCAAGUACUUCGCCCUCUUGCUCUGCUUCAUCCUCGCCUUCCUCUGCAACGUGCAGUCCGUCCGGUACCACACGCACGCCGGCUUCCUCAUGAGCCAGCCGGUGGCAGGGCCCGUCUCGCCGGAGCACGCCGCGAGGAGCUUGGACCGAGGCAGCCUCUUCUGGUCUCUCGGCCUGAGGGCGUUCUACGUGUCCUUCACCCUCUUCCUCUGGGUUUUUGGGCCGAUACCGAUGCUGGCGAGCAGCGUGGUGAUGUGCUGCCUGCUCUUCUUCUUGGACACCACCACGGAGCUUCCUCGGGCGUUUCAUGUCUCCUCCUUCACUGUCGAAGAAGAUGUCAAAGAGGAAGUGUAACGAACGGUGGUUCUUCACGCAUGUCUUUAGUGCUAUUUGAUUCCAUCACCAUAAAUCUUCCAUCGGAAGCUGCACUGGCUUCUUCUUCUUCUUCA